AUGCCUCCAACCCUACAUUCCCGUUCGAAAUCAGCCUCCAAAAGCAACAGUCCCCCUUCUACGGACAACAACACCACCAAAGCGAACAAGAAUGACGGAGAAUUGAACUUGGAAAAUUCAGAAGACCAAAUCGCUACGUCAGCAAAUAUCAAGCCUGGCAAAUGGGACGGUUUGGCGCAGUCCCUUCGCAACUGCACUUGGGAACAGCUUCAAGAGCGAUUUAUAGAGGCAAUGGAUGAACGAUCUGAUAUGGAGAAUGCGCUUCAGAAGGAGACCGCGGAUUUACUUGAGGUAUUCAUUGCAUGGUCGCAAACUACAGUCUUUUCCGAUGAGGAUCGAGCUUAUAAAAGAUUCAAAACCAGGAUGGACUACGUACAAAACUCAGAGGAGCGGUUAGAGGAUAAAAAGCAACAUUACGCGAAUGUUGUCAGGGCAUUUGAGAACGCGUUAGCCCUUUUGCGGGAUGAUUGA